AGAGCGUCACAUAUCUAGGAUAAUCCAUUGCUUAUGAAUUUUUUCAUUUAACUCUAAGAUGUAAAUAUUGUGUUUUGUCUGUUCCUGGAGGCUGUUGCCAUAGCGAUAACCAAAAUAUACUUUUUUUACUAGUUUCCUGUAUCCAUGGUGACAAGGAGUUUUGUCCAAUCGACUGUUGGUAUUGUGUGGUGGGGAAAUGCAGUGUUUCCUGCUUUUCAAAAGGGCUUCCUCCCAUUGGUACAGGGUGGAAUUCUUUGUUUGUGUCCUGGAAAGCAACAGAGUGUUCUUACGGUCUUAUGGAGUAGCUUUGGCCAGAACCUUAAAGAAUUUGAGACAAGAUGAAGCCUUUUCAAGCAAACUGCUUUGACACUCAGUGCUGCCUCCAUCCGUCACUACCAACAGUCCUUGAGUAACAGACAUUACACCACCCCUCUGGUGAUUGAACCAGGGAACCAUGCAGAGGCCACAGGUUACUGGUGGCACCCCGCUACAGAUCCCACCACAGCCUGUACCAAAGAACAGGCACCCCAUCCUCCUGUACUCCAUCCAACCCUUACUGAGAGAGACAGUUAUCAGUAAGGAAGGCCACCCCCAUCCCAAGCCUGACUCCCCCCAGACCUGUGGCACUCAAGGCCCAGGCCAGAGCUGCUGGAGCCUGGAUGUGAGAGUGGCUGUGCUGCUGGUGAUCGUGGCUGGAGCUCUGAUACUGAUCCUGCUCUACAGACUCCUCCAGCUGAGGCACAGACUGAGGCUGGCCCAGGCUCGACAUGCCCUGGAGUACUACAGUUUCUACCACACCGCCACCUACACCCUCAAGGACUCCAGGCCGCCCCAGAUACUGCCCACGAAUGGAGAUGCUAUAGAGGUCACUCCUGUGGCCAACCCUGUGGCCCCUAUUGUUGUCACCCCAGUACCACCUCCACCGGUCUCCCCACCACCCACUCUUCCCCUCACUCCACCCCCCAUCUUGUCUCUACCCCCUCGCCUACCUCCCCCUCCUCUACUGCCUCCACCCCUUCUCCCACUCUCUUCCUCACUCUCUCUCCCUCUGCCCCUGCCCAUCAUCCACACCACCCCGCCCAGCCCUCACCAGUCCUGGGGCGCCAGCUCGGAUGCAGAGGUGUACUCUCGGAUCGGAGCGUUCAGACCAUCCAGGCUGUCCAGCCUCAGCCACUCACAGGUCAUCCUGUUUGAACAUUCCUCUCUCUGACAUCUUCUCUGGAUAUUCCACAUUAAGAGCAUUCCGCUUUGUGGCUGCUUCUAUCACUUCUGUGAGAAUUCUAUAACCUAUUUUAAUGUUCUGAAUUUCAGAUUUGUGUGUGGGUGUUCUCCCUUGUGAUGAGUUCUUUGAGGAUCAUGAAAGGGAUUCUGUUGAGUUCACUGCUCUAUUAUCCACUCACUGUCGAGUGCAUAGGCUUUGAAAUUUCGUGUAGCUGAAUUGCAAAUGUCCAUUUUAUGCUCCUAUUAAAGUCACAAAGAAUUUAAAA